CCGCAACAAAGACUUUUAUUUUGAAACAGUUUGUUUACGUCCGAUUGUGCGUCUUGCGUCACGGCGUCGCUCGGCUCGAGAAGCAGCGUCGAAGUCUUCGUACCACAAACAGCUCAUGAUUUGUGUUUGUAAAGUUUAAAAAUGACGGUGUGCAACUUCUUUAUUCAAGGUCGCUGUAGAUACGGAGACAAGUGCUGGAAUGAACAUCCAAGAGGCGGAAGAGGAGGAGAUUACAGAGGAAACCAGCAGCCCAGCAGAGGAGGUUAUGGGAACCGCGUGUGGAUAAACCCGUCUCAGCGCAGCGGCGGUGAUUAUGUCCAGCAGUCCUCGUUCUCUCGUGACGGUAAUAACGACUGGAGCCGAGGAGGAGGAGGAGGAACGUCACGAGACGUCAAGAGCUCCGACUUCAGCUUCAGCAGCCAGAACAGAUUCUCAACACUCGCCUCGCACACUUCCUCUGAGAAAGAUGCACAGAGCUCCACGGAUGAUGUGGACACAAUCCAGAAAGACAUGGAGGUCUGGCAAACUUCGGGGCAGUGGCCGUUCUCCUGUUAUUCUGUCCUCCCCGGCAAGGUUUCAGGGUUUGUGGAGGUGUCUCCUGAGGAGCUGAGGCUGGAAUAUUACAGCGGCCGAGCGUCUGGUGAUUUACAGGCUUAUAUGAACUCGGUUCAGCAGCUGGCAAAUCAGUGGAGGAGCAGAGUCCAGGAGCUGAGGACCAUGAGCAGCUCCACUCGGAUCAGUGUGAUCUCUGAGCUCAAUAACCCCAGUCCCCAAACAUCCGCACCCGGCUUGCGCUUGGGCUCCACCGCAUCAGGGUUUGGAAACACCUCUUCAUCAUCAUCCUCAUCCUCGACUGGCUUUGGAGCAGGAGGGUUUGGUCAGGGCUCUCAGAGCAGUAGUGGGUUCAGCUUCGCCCCGUCACCGAAUACCCAGCAGGCCUCUGGUUUUGUCAGCGGUGCGUUGGCUCAGCCCUCGUCAGGUUUCGGCUGCGCUCCUGCUGCGUCUGCGCCCUCCUCCUCCUCCUUCUCGUUCACAGAGACCCAGGCCAGCUCUGUGUCCGUGUCCUCGUUCAGCUUCAGGCCGUCUCCUGGCGAGUCUUCGGCGUCGGCUGUGCCUCAGAGCGGCUCCAGCCGUGUGUUCGGAGCGGACACCGCUCUGUUCUCAGCCCACAGUGACCUCACAGCAGAGGAACUGAAGGAGUUCACGGCCAAACGCUUCACGCUGGGACAGAUCCCUCUCAAACCGCCUCCUGCGGACCUCCUCGUGCUCUGACGGGCUUGUCUUUUAAUGCGAUAUUAUUAAAUGUGUUUAUGGACCGAGA